CAUACUGUUCAAGGCGACACAAUGAGCAGUUGUGUUUGAUUUUUGGGUUAGAUUAUAUGCCUGUUGUUGUGUUUGAUUUUUAAAUAGUUUCAUUUAUUUAUUGUCAUUCGAGGAGUUUUGUUUCCAAUUUUAUUCGGGAGUUUUUUUUUUUGUCAUCAUGUGGAGAUUAUCUGCCGCGAUCCUCCUGCUGUCGCUUCUGAAAGUGUCUGUGUGUAUUCAGGUGAUUGUUUCCGAGCAGGAGCGCAGCACAGCUCUCUUUGCCUCAGUGAUCCUUCGCUGUGACUACUCCACCUCUGCUACCACCCAAGAUGUUCUGGUCACCUGGAGGUUCAAAUCCUUCUGCAAGGACCCCGUGCUGGAGUACUACUCCACAGCGUACCAAUCUGCACUACAGUUAGGACAGGACCCAUCGAAUGACUGUCCAGACCGUCAGCGGACAAUUCGCACAGUGAUACAGAAGAGAGGAAGCAGCGAGCCGACGCUGGGAGCAGAAUAUCGUGAACGCAAGAUCUCCAUCCAAAAUAAGGCAGACCUGGUGCUCAAUGAGGUGAUGUGGUGGGACAACGGGGUGUACUACUGCUCUGUCGAAGCUGCUGGAGACACCUCUGGAGACUCCGACAAAGAAAUCAAACUCAUUGUUUACCACUGGUUAACAGUGUUGUUCAUCGUCAUCGGAGCCCUCCUCCUGAUCCUCCUCUUCUGUAUCUGCUGCUGCCAGUGCUGCCCGCAGAAAUGCUGCUGCUAUGUUCGCUGUCCAUGCUGCCCGCAGCAAUGCUGCUGUCCUGAAAAAGCUGUGAUGCAGCAUCGUAUGAUGAAGGACGCUCAGAGGGCCAUGGCUCCCUGGUUAGGAGGGCAGAAUGUAUAUGGACCAAUGAGCCACGCACCCUCCCAGAUGAACCCGCUGCUCUACUCGGGAUCUGUUUCAGGGAAGAGCUUCCCGAUGAAGCCCAUGCCCCUCCCCCCUCCUCAGUCUUCAGCUUACAGCAUGCCCCCUCCCAGUGUCCAUGGCACCAACAACCCUGCCAACACCAACCACAUGCUUGAUUACAUGGAGGGCCAGGUGAGGGGGAUGGACAUGUCGAGUCCUCUGCUGCAGUCCCAGCCUCCUCCACCCCAGCACAUGCAACAAUUCCCUCCACCCCAGCACAUGCAACAAUUCCCUCCUCCCCAGCACAUGCAACAAUUCCCUCCUCCCCAGCACAUGCAACAAUUCCCUCCUCCCCAGCACAUGCAGAACAUGCCCCUCACCAUCCCAUUUUCUCCGGGCCCUCCCAGCAUGAUCUCUGCCCUUGAUGAUGGCCCAACAGAGCGUCGUGUCAUCACGCUUCCACCAAUAAGAGAGCAGCCGGUCAGAAUCGCACCCCCUGCACCCAGGACUCGGCCCCCGAGCUCCAGCGAGAGCAGUCGCAGCGGCUUCGGCCGUCGUGACGAUCAGGGAUCAGCGGGCAGGCGUAACCUCUCACCCGCCCGGUCUAGAGGUAUUCCCAGGAGCUACAGCGAGGAGUCACUGGACGGGCGGCCAAGAGGAGACAUGAACCGCCCCCGCUCUCGCUCCAGGGAUGACCUGUUUGACAGCAGGUCCAGAGGACACUACUCUCCUCCAGCAUCACGUCACUCCAGAGGAGGGUCCUGGAGCUCGGAUGAUGAGAGCAGCAGCAGGAGAGGAGGAGGAGGAGGAGGAGGAGGAGGGAGGAGAGGAGGUGGAGGUGGAGGCUGGGUUGACAAACCUCCAAUCUACAGCGAGUACGAACCUGGACAGAAACCAGGAGCACGGAAGAAUGAACGCUACUCUGGCAAGAGUUCUCGCAGUGGCACCAGCGUCGUCAUCUGAAAGCUCCAGCUGUGAAACGCUCUGCGACCUCUGUCAGAGCACACCUCACUAGAACUGGGAACCUUGUUGUCUGGCAACUAGUUAACGUUUAAUUACCAUCAUAUUUAUUUAACAUGUGUUUCUGGGCUGGCAGAAGGAUUUAUAAGAUGUGAGAUUGAAAGAUUCAGAAAUAUGUGAUAAUCCUUAAUUUUAUGUCAAUAAGGAAACCUAUUUGGUAGCCUAUAAAUGGUUUGCUUUUUUAGAUAUUGAUGUAAGAAAAGUGCACAAGUCUUCUACUAAAGAUUCUUUUUGGAUAAUAUUUCCCUCUGCUGGUUCAUCUGUGUGAUGAAAUUACAGGAGGUUUGGACUAAAAGCCUCCUGUUAGACUAUUUUUAUGUGGCUUUUGAUGUUUCUCCUCCUAAAGCUUUAUUCAUUUGGCAAUAAUACAGUUGAUUCUUAUGUUUUAAUUAAGCCAUAAAACAUUAAAUGGUGAAAAUAUGACUCUUAGUGCCAGUAAAUAGAGACAAAUUACAAGUAAACAAAUUACUUUUGUUUCAUCUUUAAACCCAAAUAAAUAUGAAUAGAUUUUUAAUGCUGGAAUUACUUAUUAACUUAAGUUUUGUAAAUAGUUAUUUUCACAUCUGGAUGUCUUGAAGUGUAUUUGUUUUACUAAUGUUUGAAGGAAAAUGUGUGUGGAAUUAACCUCUGUUCAGAUAAUGUUGGUGUUUUUUUUAAAAACCUUUUGUACAUAAGAUGAAUUAAAACUUUUACACUUGCUUAUGAAUAAGUGUAAACACUGCAUGUAAACAAGAAAUUGUCAUGGUAUUAAUGUA